AUGGACGUGUCCAUCAUGGACGUGUCCACCAUGGACGUGUCCAUCAUGGACAUGUCCACCACGGAGGGCUGGACGCUGGCGGUGGGCGAAGAUACAGAAGCCCCCCCCACGGCCCCCCCCUCCACCCCGACCCCUGCGGUGGCGCCACAGGGCGACCUGAAGGAGGGCGGCCCCCGCGGCCGCAGCCCGGGCGCCGGGGGUCUGCUGCAGUCGGUGCUGGCUCAGAGGGGACGGCUGGUGUCCCAGAGGGGGGACGUCCUCCCGUCCGCCCUGCCCCAGAGCCUGCUGCCCCUGCUGGGCCGGGGCCUGAGCGUGGGCCCCCUCCCCGGGAGCGGGAGAUUACUGAGGAGGGCCAAAGAACCGGCGUCAGCUGCGGCGUCAGGCGCCGGCGGCCGGCCAACUCCUCCUCCUCCACCCACAAACACACACUCCCCGCCACCACACACACACUCACCUGAGGAGGUGGAGGAGGAGGAGGAGGAGGAAGAGGAGGAGAGCACCACGGCCAGCGUGAUGCCCGACCUGGACACAGAUACUCCUGCAGCAGCCGCCGCCGCCGCCGCCGCCAGCUGCUCGCUCAACUUCUCCGACCCCGAGGGCUACAUCGACUCCUCCGACGAACCGCCGCCGCCCGACGGCGUCCCGGUGCGCUGCACCUACACGGUGACCGUGUACACCGGGUACGGCGUGGAGCUGCAGGUGAAGAGCGUGAACCUGUCGGACGGGGAGCAGCUGUCCAUCCGAGGCGUGGACGAGCGCGGCGCCCUGCUGGUCCUGGCCAACCACACCCUGCUGGUGGAGGGUCAGGUGAUCCGCAGCCCCACCAACACGCUGUCCGUGCACUACCGCUCCACGCCGGAGGGGAGCGUGGGCGUCUUCCAGCUGCACUACCAGAUCUUCAGGCUGAGCUGCUCGCUGCCCAAGAGGCCUCACUUCGGCGAGGUGUCGGUGCUGGACCUCCUCCCCGGCGGCACCGCCCGCUUCCACUGCCACAUGGGCUACCACCUGCAGGGGGAGCCGCUGCUCACCUGCCUCAACGCCUCGCUGCCCAUCUGGAGCGGCAGGGAGCCCAGCUGCCGGGCUCUGUGUGGCGGCACGGUGAAGAACGCCACCGUCGGGAGGGUGCUGUCGCCGUCGCCACACCACGGGCCCAACGCCACGCUGGACCGGUCCUGCUCCUGGUCCCUGGAGGCGCCCAAAGACCAGAGGCUGCACCUCCACCUGGAGAGGCUGGCCCUGGGGCCCACUGACCGGCUGGUGCUGUGGAGCGGGCUGGACGCCGGCUCGGUGGUGCUGUUCGACUCCGGCCGGGGGGGCCAGAUCCCGUUCGAGGGGGUGAUCAGCGAGGGCCCGGCCGUCCGGAUCCAGUUCAUCACCGACCAGCCCAACCACAACACGGGGUUCAACAUCCGCUACGAAGCUUUCGAGCGAGGCCACUGCUACGAGCCGUACCUCCAGAACGGGAACUUCACCACCUCGGACCCUCUGUACGGGGUCGGCGCCGUGGUCCAGUUCACGUGUGACCCGGGUCACUCUCUGGAACAGGGACCGCCCGUCAUCGAGUGCGUCAGCGCCAGAGACCCGUACUGGAACGACACCGAGCCGCUGUGCAAAGCUCAGUGCGGCGGCGACCUGACCGGCCCCGGAGGAGUCAUCCUGUCCCCGAACUGGCCCGAGUGGUACGGCGAGGGCGAGGACUGCAGCUGGAGGAUCCACGUCGGCGAGGACAAGCGGGUUCUGCUGGACGUGCAGCUGCUGAACAUCAGCGACAGCGACAUGCUGACCAUCACCGACGGCGACGAGGUGACCACUCGCAUCCUGGGCCGCUACGCCGGGGGCAGCAGCCCCUUCAAGCUGUCCUCCACCACCCCCGACCUGACCGUCGCCUUCCACUCCGACCCCGCCGGCCUCGUCUUCGGCAAGGGCGAGGGCUUCAUCAUCAAUUACAUGGAGGUGUCCCGGAACGACUCCUGUCCGGACCUGCCCGAGAUCCAGAACGGCUGGAAGACCACGUCCCACGUGGCGCUGGUCCGGGGGGCCCGCAUCACCUACCAGUGCGACCCCGGGUACGACCUGGUGGGACGGGAGACGCUCACCUGCCAGCUGGACCUGUCCUGGAGCUCACAGCCGCCCUUCUGCGAAAAGAUCAUGUACUGCUCGGACCCCGGCCACGUGGAGCACGCCACCCGCUCGCUGUCCGACCCCAAACUGCUGGUGGGCACCACCAUCCAGUACAGCUGCAACCCCGGCUUCGUGCUGCAGGGCGGCGCCACCAUCACCUGCUACGGCCGCGAGCCGGGGACGCCGGUGUGGACGUCCCGCCUGCCCCACUGCGCCUCCGAGGACUCGGUUUCCUGCGAGAACCCCGGCCUGCCCGAGAACGGCUACCAGAUCCUGUCCAAGAGGCUGUACCUGCCGGGCGAGUCGCUCACCUUCGUCUGCUACCAAGGCUACGAGCUCAUCGGAGAGGUGGCCAUCAAGUGCAUCCUGGGUAACCCUUCGUUCUGGAGCGGCCCACUUCCUCUGUGCCGGGCCAACCACGAAUGCUUUGGCAACCAUGCUUUGGAAGUUGCAGAGGCGACGGCCGGCUCCCCUCUGGACGGGGGGAACGUGGCGCUGGCCAUCUUCCUGCUGGUGCUGCUGCUGUCCGUGCUGCUGGGCGGGGCCUACGUCUACGUCACGCGGUGCAGAUAUCACUCCAACCUGAGGCUGCCUCUGAUCUACCCGCACCCGUACCGACAGAUCACCGUGGAGACGGAGUUCGACAACCCGCUGUACGAGACGGGAGGGCAGGACUCCCGCGAAUACGAGGUGUCGAUAUGAAACGUCCCCCCAACAGACAUUUGUACCCAGCAGAACUCUCCACCCGCCCCGGCCCCGCCCCCGGCCCCGCCCUCCUCUGCUCCGCCCAGGAGGAGGCCAUGUAAAUACCAAUGAUGAUGUCCAGCCCCCUUCUGCCGCGAGACGCAGCGACCCAGACCUCCGCUCUCCUCCCGGACCGGGGGAACCGGGGAUAGGGACCUGGGGGACGGCGAGGAGAAAGCAGCCGGGACGGGAUCCGGCGUGGGACUGACGGACGGAGGCCCGGCAGCACUUUCUACUCACUUCGGUUCUGAAGGAUCUGACUUUCCCUCCUGCAUCCACUCACUGUAUUUAACCCUGCAGUUGUACAGGCUGGACGGCAGCUCUACAGAUUUAACGUCGUCUUUGUUUCGUGGCGGGAGGACGAGAAGCUGCUUCCUACAAGGCGGCGCGGAAGAGAGGGUGGCUUGUUUCAUCGUUCUUC